AUAUGAUAAAUAAUAUCAGAGUUAACUUAAAUUCCAUGGUCUAAUAACUUCCCAACCUCCUAAAGGUCCUAGUCAAAUUCACGAAUAUCAUCACCCUUCUCCAUACAAUCUUCAUUUCCCAUCCCUUGAACACUUGCUCACACUUCUCUCUCUUUCUCUGUCUUUUUUUUUCUCUCUCUUUAUAAAUAAAUAAAUAAAUAUACACUUCUCUCCAAACUAACUUAAUUAAAUACAAUUAAUUAAGAAAUGGAGAUAGAAGCAAACAAACAAGAUAACCAUGGGAGUGGGACGACGGUGGCGCUACCGGGUUUAAGUCCUUUAAGUGAAACACUAUGGAGAGACCAUAAAACUACAGACUUCAAUGGUGAUGUAUCAGCGAGGCUAACGUGGAAAGAUCUAACAGUAAUGGUAACGUUAAGUAGCGGUGAUACUCAAACUGUGUUAGAAAGUUUAACUGGGUAUGCUGAGGCUGGUAGUUUUACUGCUUUAAUGGGACCUUCUGGUUCUGGUAAAUCAACACUUUUAGAUGCUCUAUCUAGUCGUCUUGCUGCUAAUGCUUUCCUCUCUGGUACUAUCUUGCUCAACGGUCGCAGAACUAAGCUCGCUUUCGGCACUGCGGCUUAUGUGACACAAGAUGAUAACUUGAUCGGGACAUUAACAGUAAGAGAAACAAUAGCAUAUUCAGCAAGGCUUCGUUUACCGGAUAAAAUGGCGUGGUCAGAAAAGCAAGCUCUUAUAGAAAGCACCAUAAUUGAAAUGGGACUUCAAGAUUGUGCAGACACAGUGGUUGGGAACUGGCAUUUGAGGGGUAUUAGUGGUGGUGAGAAGCGUAGGGUUAGUAUAGCUGUUGAGAUUCUUAUGAGACCAAGGUUGCUCUUUCUUGAUGAGCCUACUAGUGGUCUAGACAGUGCGUCUGCAUUCUUCGUUACUGAGACGUUGCGUGGACUGUCAAGAGACGGGAGGACUGUGAUCGCCUCCAUUCAUCAGCCAAGCAGUGAGGUUUUUGAGCUGUUUGAUCGCUUGUACUUGCUUUCUGGUGGAAAGACUGUUUAUUUUGGCCAAGCUACUGAGGCGUAUGAGUUCUUUGCUCAAGCUGGUUUUCCUUGUCCUGCUUUGAGGAAUCCAUCUGAUCACUUCCUCAGGUGUAUCAACUCCGACUUCGACAAAGUCAAGGCUACCCUUAAAGGAUCCAUGAAAUUACGGUUCGAGUCAAGUGAUGACCCUUUAGAGAAGAUCACCACAGCUGAAGCAACCCGAACUCUGAUAAGCUAUUAUGCAACGUCUCAACAGUCUUAUUCAGCGCUACAGAGAGUUGAAGAAAUCUCUAAAGUGAAAGGAACUGUUAUAGACUCUGGAGGAAGUCAGGCGAGUUUCUUCAUGCAGACAUUCACCUUAACAAAACGUUCAUUCACAAAUAUGUCAAGAGACUUUGGUUAUUACUGGCUUAGGCUGGUAAUUUAUGUGGUUGUCACCUUCUGUAUUGGAUCAAUCUUUUUUAAUGUUGGAACUAGUUUCAACUCCAUACUGGCUAGGGGGUCUUGUGCAUCAUUUGUUUUCGGCUUUGUCACGUUUAUGUCUAUUGGUGGAUUUCCGUCCUUUGUUGAAGAUAUGAAGGUAUUCCAGAGGGAAAGGUUGAAUGGGCACUAUGGAGUAACAGCAUUUGUGAUAAGCAACACAAUAUCUGCAAUGCCAUUCCUAAUGUUGAUAACCUUUCUAUCGGGGACAGUUUGUUAUUUCAUGGUUCGAUUGCAUCCAGGGUUUGAGCACUAUAUAUUCUUUGUGCUAUGUCUUUAUGCUAGUGUUACCGUUGUUGAGAGCUUAAUGAUGGCCAUCGCCAGCGUUGUCCCCAAUUUCCUCAUGGGAAUUAUUACUGGUGCUGGCAUACAGGGAAUAUUCAUGCUUGUUUCGGGCUUCUUCCGGCUCCCCAAGGACAUACCAAAGCCAGUAUGGCGUUAUCCCAUGUCUUACAUCAGUUUCCAUUUCUGGGCUCUUCAGGGGCAAUACCAAAAUGACCUAAAGGGGGUGGUGUUUGACAACAGGACACCAGAUCUACCAAAGAUACCAGGAGAGUACGUACUUGAAUAUGUAUUUCAGAUUGAUGUUAGCCGUUCAAAAUGGGUGGACCUUAGUGUCAUAUUCAGCAUGAUAAUAGUUUAUCGUAUCAUCUUCUUCGCGGUGAUCAAGAUCAAUGAGGAUGUUACACCUUGGGUUGGUGGUUAUAUUGCUAGAAGAAGAAUUCAACACAAGAACCGUAACCAGAAUUAUACCACUGUUGCACCUGACCGACUCUCACAAUCCCCUUCCCUUAGAGCUUAUGUUGCUCGUCGUUCUACUUCUGCCACUGCUAAUACUCUUAGAAGGGUUUGAUCAACGAAACAAUAUCAAUAUUCUUAUUAUUAUUUAUUAUUUAUUAUUAUGUCUAUGUAAUGCCAAAGUUGUGUAAAUGUAUGAUUUAUCUUUUCAUCUAUCAGUAGAAUCUAUCCUCUUUAUAGCGUCAA